AUGAAGACCUUCCUAAGGGUUCGGCGGGUAGGGGCGGCUGCCGGGCCCCACUCCCUGAAGGUGGACAGCUCGACGAGGGUGACCAUAACCAAGCCCGCGACGAAAACACGCAACCCGGUCAGCGAGACCUUCGAGAGCGAAAACGUCAUGGACGAAACAGUGGGACAGGCCAACGUGUACAGCGAAACCACCGCUAAGCUAGUGCAGGGGUUGUUCGAAGGGCGGGACGGAGUAGUCUUCGCGUACGGCGCCACAAACAGUGGGAAGUCGUACAGCCUAUGGGGCCCUGGCGACGAGGCCAACGAAGGCGUCAUCCCUCGCGCGCUCAGGGACGUCUACCAGCGCUUGGCCCGCGAACAAAAGCUCAGCACCGCCGGCGCCGGUGACGGUGAAACGAGCGAGCCGCGACAACCGCCGCGUGUUAGCCUCCGCGUUUUGGAGGUCUACAACAACAAGGCCUUCUGCUUGCUCCCGAAGGACGGUGGAGAGCGCCGCUGGGUCGACGUGAGCCAGCUGGGGGAUGAGGUGCGCUUCACGGGCCUUGAAGAGCACUUUCCGGCCGACGUCAACGAGGCGCUGAGCCUCACGAGGAAGGUCAGGGGUCGCACGCGCGUCAACCGCACGGACCUCAACGCCACAAGCAGUCGGGCGCACACGGUGUUCAUGGUUAGGCUCCACCGCGAUGGCGGUGCCGAGGCUGGCGGUGCCAACGUUUACACCAGGGACCGCGGCAGAGGAGGUGCCCCCACAACAGGUUCAGGGUCGGCGGCGGCGGUCUCGCACACUUCUGAGUUAUUUCUGGUCGACCUCGCCGGCUCGGAACGCCAGCACCGUUCGCAGUCGGACAAAGCGGAGGCCCUCAACAUCAACCUGGACAACAGCGACCUGUUCGCGAAGUUCAAGGAGAUGAAGAACGGCGCCGCCUCCGUCGUCUGCCGCACUCGGACGUUGACGGGCGUCCUGAGGCGAGUGUUCGUCAAGCCGACGGGGACGUAUUCCUCCUCCUCCUCCUCUUCUUCCUCUUCCUCCUCUUCCUCCUCUUCAGGCAUGAACUGCGUGAUGAUCGUGACCGUUCAUCCCGCAGCUUCGGAGUACGGAGAAACCCAAAAAGUUCUCAGCAACUUAAGGCUUUCGUCGAAGGUAGUCCGCGUCGACGCGCCUCCGACGGCGUCCAGAUCGAACAUGACCGUCGAAUACGGGAUGAACGGCUGGCCGAUUAAACGUCAGAAAACUAGCGCCUUCAACGGCGACCCCGCUGCUGCGGCGGGUGCGGCAACGAACGGGGGGAAGGGUAAGGGGAAGCUAGCCGUGGUGCCCGCCGCCACAAUUGGGAGUCGGCCGUCCAGCAGCUCGAUGCACGGUUCCGCGCUGCAGGACGAGCAGACACUAGAGAUUGAGCGGCUGCGCGCGAAAAUCGAGCAGCUAGUGGACGAACGGGCCAGGAUGGAGGAAGAACACGCAGGAAAGCUUGAAGAAGCCGAAUAUGAGGCUUUCAGGCUUGGCACAGAAGAGGGCAGCCAAGCUCAGCAGGAAUUGGAAAGAGAGGUGGCUGACCUACUCGAAAAGAUCAGGCGGAUGAAGGAGGAACGUGAGAGUAGAUCCCCAGUAGGCGGAAAGACUAUGGCGGCGAUGGCUCAAAGCGCAAUGAAGCGGGAGGCUAGGCGCGCAGAGAGCGUUAGGAAGCUGGAGAAGGCCACCACGAGGAAGCGAUACUGUAUUAAAGCAUCCAAGAGCUCGGCCAUCGGGGAGGCCGACGACGAAGCGACGCGGCAGUCGAACGAACGCGCCCGCGUUGAGGAAGCCCUGGCUGCUGCCCUAGCCGGGCAAGCCUCGCAGAAGGCCUUCGCUGAACGAGAGACAGCUCGGGCGGACGCCGCGGAAGACCUCGCCGCUCGGAACGGCAAGGAUUGUUCCGUGGAACGGUCCGCUAGGAAGCAGCUGGAGGCGGAAGUCGCUCAGCUGAAGACAGCGGCGACGGCGGAAGCCGCCCUUAAGGCUAAGCUAGCAGAGGAGCUGGCCACGGCGCGUGAGAACAUCGCUCGACUGGAGAACGACAAGCAACAGGCGAUGGCGUCAGCGGCAUCUUGUAGUGCAGCGACAACGUCUGGCGAUGGCAGCAACCGCAGCAGGAGCAGCAGCAGCAGCAGCAGCAGCAGCAGCAGCAGCAGCAGGGCUGACGAAGAGGAAGGGGAUGACGACGAGGCUUCGCCGGUCAGCGUGAUGGACGACGUCGGAGCCGUCAGCGACAACGACAGUGACAACGGCGACUCUCCCGUCGGCCUCAGAGUGGACAAAGCUCAGCAGCAACUGGACUCAGCUCCGCCCGGUGCCGUCGCCACGGAGGGGGACGACAAUCCCGUGGACGACGAAGAGGUGCAACCCCCCGAUGCCGAGAACGAGUCCUCGAAGGCCGUGCCCAAGAGGCGAGGUCGGAGGAGGCUGGGCCAGACGGAGGCGGAGGCAGCCUCUCUUGGCAAGCGGAAGACCCGCAAGCCCCUCGGAGACCUCCAGAACGGAGGCGUCAACGCCGGCAACACCGAGAGCGGAGCGGCACGACGCGGCAAGGGCGGGAACAAGAAGAAGGUCACCGACGAAGAGGUCGUGAUGAAGGCGACGGAAGAGGAGGAGGAGGAGCCGUCGAGGAAGAGGGGGGCGGGGCGCGGCAAGAAAACGGCCAAGAAAGAAAAUAAAAAAGAGAGUGCGGUGGCCGGUGGAAACGAGCCGCAGAGCGGCAGGGAACUGAGGAAAGGCGCACGGCUAUCGAAACGCUCGCCGGAGGUGGUGGUUUUGACCAGGGAACAGGUGAAAAACAUGGAGAAAGCCGGGAAGAUCAUGCGCGAAAGGCGUCGCUUUAGGAGGUAGAGAACGCUUUCCAAACCUUGCACCUGCGAUUCCUUUCGGGGAACCAGUACACCGCGCGUGCCGAGAUACGAGCUGCAUUUGCAAGUUUUCGUCCGUGAGUCGCCGUGAAGCACAGUGUAGGCCAGCAUGUAUUUAGGUUAAUUUAUCCAAACGAAGUAGUGCUCUUGCCGAUCCCAGAGUCGAUUUUGAAGCUUGCUGUUGUUUUGUUCAAUCGGUCGUCUUCCAGUCCGAUAGUCGUCGGCAAUACGGCAGGUAGUUACUUCUUUAGUUUUAAUCUACCACGGUGUAACUCUGCUAGAGUAAUUGGGUGCCGUUUAUCCUGCAAAUAAAAGCUGGCACUCGCCACCGGGAGCUUGUUCUUCUAUUGUAAUGGAGCAUGCAGUAGGUGCCUUUCUGUUUAAGAUUAUCGUGAGAGUAAGACGCAGGCAACCAGAAGCCGCCGUGUGGUUCUGUUUUCGUCGUUGCCGCGGAUUGAAUACGGUGGUCACGGUGACGGAUUCCUAAAAUAGCCCGGCAAGAAGUUAUAGUUUUACCCGUGGUUGGUCGAAAGGUGUUUGUACAAUAUCGACAUUUUCUGCGUACUGGUAAGUUUAAGUGCAUUUAGAGGUAGGUGUGUUUUGACUCGAAACGCCUGCAACUGG